CGUUGUAAGGAUGAGCGCCGAGCGGGACUUGUCGCCCCUGGCGCCCGGCGUGGUGCGGGCGCUGAACGACAAGUUGUACGAGAAGAGGAAGGUGGCGGCACUCGAGAUCGAGAAGCUGGUGCGAGAGUUUGUAGCUCAGGCCAAGACGUCUCAAAUCAAGCACGUGAUCCAGAUCCUGUCACAGGAGUUUGCGCUCUCCCUGCACCCCCACAGCCGGAAGGGAGGACUCAUUGGCCUGGCAGCCUGCUCCAUUGCCCUGGGCAAGGACUCUGGGCUUUACCUGAAGGAGCUGAUUGAGCCAGUGCUGACGUGUUUCAACGAUGCCGACAGUCGACUGCGGUACUACGCCUGUGAGGCUCUCUAUAACAUUGUGAAGGUGGCCAGGGGAUCUGUCCUCCCACACUUCGACGUGCUCUUUGAUGGCCUCAGCAGGCUGGCUGCUGAUCCUGACCCGAAUGUCAAAAGCGGUUCUGAGCUCCUUGAUCGCCUUCUCAAGGACAUUGUGACAGAGAACAACCAAUUUGACUUGGUAAGCUUCAUCCCACUGCUGCGUGAGAGGAUUUACUCCAACAACCAGUAUGCCCGCCAGUUCAUCAUAUCCUGGAUCCUGGUCUUGGAAUCUGUGCCUGACAUCAACCUCUUGGAUUACCUCCCGGAAAUCUUGGACGGGCUUUUCCAGAUCCUGGGAGACAACAACAAGGAGAUACGGAAAAUGUGUGAGAUGGCUCUAGGGGAGUUCCUCAAGGAGAUCAAGAAGAAUCCCUCCAGCGUCAAGUUUGCAGAAAUGGCCAAUAUCCUGGUGAUCCAUUGCCAGGCAGCAGAUGACCUGAUCCAGCUGACAGCUAUGUGCUGGAUGAGGGAGUUCAUCCAGCUGGCUGGCCGGGUGAUGCUGCCUUACUCCUCAGGAAUUCUGACUGCUGUCCUGCCGUGUCUCUCCUACGACGAUCGCAAGAAGAAUAUCAAGCAGGUGGCGAAUGUGUGCAACCAGAGCCUGAUGAAGCUUGUCAUCCCAGAGGACGAUGAAAUGGAUGAAGCUAGGCAGUUGACAACCCUAUCGGCAGAGCCCACCUCGGAGGAGUUCGUCUCCAAGCCAGAGGCAGGAUCCAGUGGCUUUCUGGACGUAGCCAGUGAUUCCAGCUUCAGCGACAAUGUCUUAACAGCAUCCAGCUGCGAGAGGAUCCAGGUGACCCUGAACCUGGAUGGAAUAGUUCAGGUGCUAGACUGCCACCUUCAUGACACGUCCACUGGGAUGAUGACCAGAAUUGCAGUCCUGAAAUGGCUCUACCACUUGUAUAUCAAGACUCCUCGUAAGAUGUUCCGACACACCGACAGCCUCCUCCCUAACUUGCUGCGAACCCUCUCAGAUGAGUCAGAUGAGGUUAUCCUGAAGGACCUGGAAGUGCUGGCUGAGAUUGCUUCUUCUCCAGCGGGACAAACAGAGGGUCAUGGUGCCUCCGACAGCUCCGAUGCACAACCCAACCUGGUGGAGCUUCAGGUCCCAGACAGGGCCGGCCAGCUGAGCUCCUCUGGCAUGAAAGGCUUGGAGUGCUCGCCCUCCACUCCUACCAUGAACUCUUACUUUCACAAGUUCAUGAUCAACCUGCUCAAGCGCUUCAGCAGCGAACGGAAACUCCUGGAGACCAGAGGACCCUUCAUUAUCAGGCAGCUCUGUCUACUUUUGAACGCAGAAAACAUCUUCCAUUCCAUGGCAGACAUACUCCUUCGGGAAGAAGACCUCAAGUUUGCCUCUACCAUGGUCCACACCCUGAACACAAUCCUGCUGACAUCCUCUGAGCUCUUCCAGCUGAGGAACCAACUGAAGGAAUUGAAGACCCCGGAAAGCUGUAACCUCUUCUGCUGCCUGUACCGGUCCUGGUGUCACAACCCCGUGACAACCGUGUCCCUCUGCUUCCUCACCCAGAACUACAAGCAUGCCUACGACCUCAUCCAGAAAUUUGGGGAUCUGGAUAUCACUGUGGAUUUCCUCACCGAGGUGGACAAGCUGGUGCAACUCAUUGAGUGCCCCAUAUUCACAUACCUCCGCCUGCAGAUGCUGGACGUGAAGAAGAACCCCUACCUGAUCAAGGCUCUCUAUGGCUUGCUCAUGCUGCUGCCCCAGAGCAGCGCCUUCCAGCUCCUCUCUCACCGCCUGCAGUGUGUGCCCAACCCCGAGCUCUUGCAGAUGGACAGCACCAAAGCAACCACUGGCCUCAGGGGGACAUCCGUGUCCAACAUCAACUACACAGAGCUGCUGCAACACUUUGAGAAGGUCCAAAACAAGCACCUAGAAGCACGACACCAGCGAGCUGGGCGGGCAGAGCAGUUGGACCGGCGGAUGGUCCUCUGAGCAUCCCUGCCACAGCCACAGGGAUGCUCAGAGGGAUUGGGGCAGGGACCAGGGGAUACAGAUCAGGGGACAGGGAUACCAGUUGCUGGGCACUGGAGGAUAUGGUGGGUUUAAUGGCAGAGGGAGAUGGGCAAGCACUCAGCAUGGGGCUGGCUUUCCUACCUGCUGUGUGUGUGGAUUAUGGGGGACAUUCAGGCUGUGCCCAGCUUCUCCCAUGAGUGGCACAGGGAUGUGGGGAUGGGCUGCAGCAGGGGAGGGUCAGGGGAAAGCACCUCAUCUCAUGCAGUAGGAGGAAACUCCCCUUUGCUUUGCUAAUGCCUUCCCUGUGACUGUCAGCUGAGCACCCAGCCUCCUGCCAGCAAGACCAGAGGAAAAGGAAGGGAAGACGGGAGCAAGCCCUGGCCUCUUGCCCUGGAAAGUCAGCACAAGGGGCCACCGGCCACCUCUUGCCAGCCCAACUUCCACCUUCCUGAUCCGAGGCAGUGCUGGUGGCUGCUGGCGCAUCCUGUGUGUGGCACUUGGUCCCUUUCGUGUAUCAUGCAGCCUCCCCACCUCCCCAGCUCCUGGCACAGAUGACUGCACAGCCUUAACUCCCAGGGAACAGCAGUGACCCCCACUGCACCCAGCCCAAGACUUGAUUCAUUGUUCCUACAUUAAGCUCCCCAUGAUCAAAUAAACGAGCAAUGCAGAA